AUGGGCUUGACACUGUACAUCUUCAAGCUAUUGCCCAGUCCACAAGCCGUGUCUUUUGAUUCCCUUCCUAUCCGGCAGUCUUAUGCCAACCUUGGCCGACUGUAUAGCAAUGCUAGCCUUCAAAGGAUGCAGUACCCUCCCAUCAUUAAUCACGCUCGUUCUUUCGUCCAGGUGUCGAGCGCAUCUCCGAAUGAGGUCAUUCCUUCCCAUCAGAACACGAUGCUGUUCACAAGCAACGGUUUCACUCCAUUGUUCGAACGACGCCUAGUUGUGAAUGACGAGAUUUCAACAAUCGCUCAAUUUCGAGUACUUGACUUCGGAAUGGAAAAUUGCACAAUAGGAAUCGCAACACCUUCACACAGCGCAUAUACCGACACCAUGUCUGAUGAUGCCGUCUCCCUUGAUGUUUGGUCUAUCCCCCAUGCAACAAGAAAACUGAACACAAAAUCGGUCUCCUAUUCUUCAUUACCAGUGACCAGGUCAUUUCUCGGCAGGCUUUUAGUUUCACGUGAAGGACUUUCACAAACUCCCGCUUUCUCCUGCAUGUCAGGAUCCUACCAUACAUUCGAAAUAACGUGCUCUGAACCCGGAUGCAGUGUUGAUAUCGUUGGUACUGGCGAUAAGGCAUCUGGUAGGCACUGA